AUGAUCCGGCAAGACUUUCACCGAAUUGAUCCAAAGCGAAGGGCCAACCUUGAUCACAAAAAGAAGCAAUUCGCUGCCCCCGUCUUCAAGCAACAGGACUAUCCUCAUCGGUUGAAUUUCUACGACGUCCCCCCGACAGCAGAGAUCACUCUGGAACAAUUUGAACAAUGGGCGAUCGACCGGUUAAAGGUUCUUGCUGAGAUCGAGGCCUGCUCUUAUCGAAACAAAUCCGCUUCCGACACGGAGGACCAUAUUAAGCCUCUGCUCCAGAAGUACCUUCCUCUGAGUUCCAAUACCUCGGCAUCAUCCGCCGGAGGAGAACAGCGGUUGAAGAAUGAGCGUCAGAAAGAUCAUUACUCACACUUUAUUCUCCGCUUGGCGUUCUCGGCUACCGAAGACCUCCGCCGACGAUUCGCACGGGCUGAGACAAUGCUCUUUCGUUUCCGAUUCCAGAGGGAUGACUCAAGAGAGAGACGCGCCUUUAUUGAAAGCCUCAACCUGGACUGGGAGCCUGUCAGCGAGGAGGAGAGACGGCAUCUUGAGGGGGAUCUUCUGAGCGCGACGCCAGGCCUCCGCAGCUCCAAGGACGAGUUAUGGUAUAAGGUCGAUUGGGAGAGGGUUCCCGAGUUGGUCGAAAGACGGGCUGUUUUCCUGUCGAAAGGGAAGGCUUAUGUUCCGGCGCGGGAGCAGCAGAGUAUGAUCGUGGCAGAAUUCACGAGCCGCUUGGAACGUGCGCUCGAGCUCACAAGUCGAGCCCUACCACGACUGGACGAAGACGAUCGCCUGACCCCCAUCCUCAACCACCUGUCCAAGAAUUUCGGUAGUGCUGAGUCGGUGUAUUCUGAGGGAGAGGGUUUCGUUGAUGGAGCUCCGAUCACCGCGAGCAGCAUUGAUCACCUCUCCCAGCAUUUCCCUCUUUGCAUGCGCAGUUUACAUAUGUCCUUGCGCAAGAACAACCAUUUGAAGCACUAUGGGCGACUUCAGUAUACGUUGUUCUUGAAAGGAAUCGGCCUGUCGCUCGAAGAAUGUAUUCUGUUCUGGCGCCAAUCGUUCAAAGGCUUCACGGACGACGAAUUCAACUCUCGGUACAAGUACAAUGUGCGACACGCCUACGGAGAUGUUGGUGGUGAUGUCAAUCGGAGAGGCCGAGGAUACCCCCCCUACUCAUGCCAGAAGAUCCUUAAUGAUUCGAACCCUGGAGUUGGCCAGACACAUGGCUGCCCCUACCGCCAUUUUUCUCCCGACAACCUCAUCGGGCUGCUCCAGUCCACGGGAGUCCAUGACAAGGAGGUGCUACGAGGGGUACGCGAGGAUGUCGAAAAGACUCGGUAUCACAUUGCGUGCAACCGAGUGUUUGAGUGGGCACACAAAGCCGAGAUCAAGAAGGUCAAAGAGGAUGGAACUUGGAACCAGACCGACCUGGAUACCAUUGUCCACCCGAACACAUAUUUCAAGCGCAGCUACCUUCUCAAGCAAUUGGGCAAGCCUCCUAGAGAGGCUUGA